AAUUUCUUGUCUGGCGCAGACACCAGAUGCCGUUCGUGUAAACACAACUUUCUCGUUGAUUAUUCGCUGCAUUACUGGACAGAUAUGCGAGCUCGAGUGGAGGAGCGCGGGUGUACAUGUUAUUGCCGAGUCCCAAGUAGCAGAUGUUCAAUACUUCGCACGCAAGUGUGAAGUCUCAAGGUAACAGAGACGGAGGGCCCCGUUCGUGUUCGUACGGUGGGCGCUGCAAGAGCGCAGAAGUUGCCGCCUUAGAUGCUGCCCGUACGGAACCGUGGGCUUGAGAUCUGAAGGGAUUUGGGGACGCUCUGAGAGUCCUGCGCUGCCGAGUGCGUGUAACUUGGAGAAUGAACCACAAUCCAUGUGUAAGUUCGUGAUCUGGAUACUCGUGAGGGCAUAGUGACUUGGCGUCGUCAGCACCGUGGGGGCGCUCCAAGGGACAUAGGGACAACAAUUCGUGAAAGUUCAACCGCCGGUGUCGGUGCAUAGUCACGACUGCACCCGCAGCUGGCCAACCCCCGCAACCUCAGCCAAUGAUUCUUUGCCAAUAAAGCCUCAACGCAGACCGUCUCCCGUCAUUCCGCCAAUUUAUUUUUCGAAAAUAUUGCCCACUUCCCUCCCUAGAAAUGGACCAGGCCGUGGAAAGCAGCGAGAUGGAAACGCAUCCGAGUCGGCAACGCUCAAGCUCAAACUCCAGACCUCCAGUUGUAAAUGCAGGCCUGCACUGUUGCGAGAGGAGAAGAGUGGCAGGUCAGUCGCGAGUGGGCGCUCUGGAACGGAGAUCUCGGAUUGAGUAGGCACGUGAUGUUCACAGUUCGGGGUCACGCCGACGAUCCUUUUAAAAAAGCGCUCCACAAAUUCCGCCUCUGAGCGUGGAGAAAACACGCACGCAAAGGCCAUGAGUACGGCCCAGGAUUCGCGCCCUCGGAGAACAGCUUGAGGUCAUGUUCCUGGCGUAACGUGUACGAAGGCGGUAGCACGUCUGCUGUGCGCAGUGCCUUGGAAAUAGUGUUCGGAUCUGCUGCUUAAAUUUUCACGAGCAAAACCGGUGGAUCGGUGGAAGCGGAGGCAGGCCCGAAGUUUCUGCGGCUUUUGCACCUGCCGCGCGUGCUUCAAGAGUCCAAGUAUCCCAAGGACGGCAAGGGUAGGUAGAUGUACCCAGCAACCGCAACACGAGGCUGAAAAGUAAAUGAGACAUUCGUAAUUGCGAUGCGCACCAUAUUUGUAUACACUGAUGUAAUUCGGAAGACAUGGGACAUUUGGGGAUAGGAUAAUCGCUAUGCGAGCGACGUCCUGAACCGGCUCAGCAUAUGGGGCAGCACCGCCGGCGCUUGGUGUCGGUGUGCAUACAUAACGCGUUCAUAGGCCCUAAAAGAGAACUUUGAGAUCGCCUGUACUGCGCAUGUCCACCACGAACUCCUCAAUGCACGCUUGCGCAGGCCAGAGUGCCCCUCGAAGCUUCUACAGCCCUGCGUCGGCAUAUCUGCCGCCUUCAGCGCCGUUCGCUGAGACGUGUGUCGCUGGUCAGCUCGUCGAGCUUUCAGGGCAAUCCUUCAGCAACAACUUGAACGGCGCGCGUGUCUUUGCCAGCUUGACGACACAGCUGCCAGCGAUAAGCGUCCUGUUACCGCCUCUAGGUGAGCUCUCUUGCGGCGCAGUACAUAACUGCCUAGCUUCCGCUGACGCGGAUCUGGCAUCGACCUUGCUCGUGGAAGGCCGCGAGGGAGGCGGGACGAACGAGAGCGCCUCCCAGAGUGAGGGCGUGCGACCGCACGGAGCAGUCGGCACAUCCGGUGCGCUAGGUGUCUUGUGGGCAUACGACGGCGUUGAGCGACAUUCGACAAAUACCACGGCCGAGACACGCUCGCACCCCGAGCCGGCCGGUAUGGAGCCGCGCCGAGGCGAGCUCGUCGCGGGCACAAGCUGCUCGCCGCUGGCAUGUCGAGGCUUGUUGCGGUGUCUGCGCAAGGCGAAGGAGGUCGGCGAGCAGACAGACGUCUUCAUCUACCACGCCUACUGCGACAAGCUUCCGCCGCCGCCCUUCCCGUGCGUUCAUGAGGGGCUGCCACCGGACGUCGACCGGAAGCGGCCCUCGGUCGAUAGCCGUGCUCUCUUGCCGCCGGUGGUCAGGCCCUGCCCGUGUCCCCGCUGUCGGCGCAUGCCCCGGCACGCGAACAGCUCUCCCGACACAGACGACCCCUCCGCUAGAAGUGACGCGCAGAACCUAAAAACGCGGCUAGCUAUUCGGUUUCGACAAUCCCCGCGGGCUCACAACGACCAAAGCCUGGUCCAUGACGCGGGUGUGCUCGCGCGGAAGUGGGAUGGCUGUGAAUUCGACGCCGCGCCGUUCAAGCGCGUGCACAGGGUAUUCGUUGCGCUGUAGCACGGGAAUGGUGCGAGCCUUGUGUACAGUGCGUUGCGAGCGAAAGCGGUCGCGUGGAAUCCUUCUCGCUGUGACAUGAAUAGAAACUUGUGCUCAUUCCGUCUGUCAAGUGUGUGUGCCACGUCUCAUCGCGUUGUGGCGUCAACCACGGCUACGGCGUCCUAAGAAACGGCAGAGUCGGACGGAAGCGAACAAGGUGGUGGCGGAGACGUUGCGCCCUGGGGAGCAUGAAAGCGGUCCGACGACGUCGGCGGAGACUACGUGAGACCUGCGCCGGUC